CUUAGAUUCCUUGUCGUCGGUUCACGGCUCGAUUUAAUCUCUGCAUAGAUAUCAUAAACGAAGUAAACCCACCCCUUAUUACACCAUACAUACAACUAUAGUCAUGAGAGCUCUUCGGUGAAGCUCCCCAUGCCGACUCUACACACUAGGUUACUAAUUAUAUGUGAUCUUGAUGCUCGGGUGCGCUUCUUAAGCUCAUUUCCUUAAGACUCAGACCGUGCGAUUUAUAUAGCCGAGGAUCAAGUCUUGAGUUGGCCACAUGCGAUCGACAAAAUGGAGAGCAUCAACAUUUCUGUCAUCGGGGCCAAUGGAGUCGGCAAGUCCCACUUCAUACAAAGGGCGAUGUCCCUACCACGCGUUCCCGGCCCCAAUCCCACAACCGCGCGCAUUAAUAUCGAUAAUGUGCCUUACGCCGUUACUCUAUUUGAGUUGGAUCUCGAGUACUUCGACGUAGAUCCCGAUCGGCAAAUUAAGUGGCCAAAGCAGAUGGGCGGUGCCAUUGUACCGAGUGUAAAUGGCGUUUUGCUCUUAUACGAUGUUACGAACAGGGAGAGCAUCAUAGAGUUACCUCAAACCCUAAAUGCUCUCGUGAAUUCGUCAUUGCCGGCAGUCCUGGUCGCAACGAAGUGCGAUAACCCAGAGAGUUCAAGGCAGAUUGACACGGAGGCAGUUGCUGCGGCAUGUCAGUCAUGCCUUGCAACUUUUAAAACGUCCGCGAACAAACCGGAGAGCGCGAGGAUAGCUUUAUCUACGCUUCUUAAGGCAUUGGUGUUGCGGAGCCUGGAGUCGGAGGGUACGGACGGGAUAGGUCCGAGGCGCAGGGCAGCUUCGGCUGCGCAUCUUGAUACCCAACUAGAAUCAUCAAACGCCCGGCCUUUAAGUCAACAUAGCAAACACAGCCGCGCUAGCUCAGAUAUGUCACUACUCCGGGGCUUUCCAACCCAACCAGGAUCGGAUUACCGCUCUACAAGGUCACCUCGCGUUGAUUAUACGGGGAGUCAUGUCACCGGCCAAUUUCCAGACACUUCAGAAGACGAUCCAAACCAGAGCGUUUCGAGUAUGCUCCGUACGACGGGCAUUAGGUUAGAUCGGUCCCAGAAUGCUGCCUCGUUCCUCGAUGUCGAGGAUUCGGAUGCGGAAUCUAUGAGAUACUCCGAUGACAUACCUUUGCUGCAACGAAGCGAUGAAUCGGUUUUUGAGAGACCGGCAAAGAAACUUGGCGUCACUUUUGACGAGUUAGUAGAACGUCUUGUUGCUCCCAAGAUGUCUAGGGCAGACAACAAUUUCUUGGAUAUUUUCCUGUGUCUGUAUCGCAAGUUCUCAACGCCUGGACACCUCUUUUCGUCACUUCUAUCCCGGCUGGAACGCAUCAAGGACGACAAAUCUGUCCAUUAUCUCACUAAGACGGCUACGCAACUUCGAAUCAUUGAGGUGAUUGCAAAGUGGGUCGCGACUUAUCCGGGGGACUUUGCGCGGCCUGGGACAAGAAGAAAGUUGGAGGAUUUUGUGAGACACUUGUCCACAGAGCCAAUCUUUUCCGCGGCCGCACAGCAAAUGCGUCGAACAUUAGAGUAUGCUGUGAUCGAGGCAGACGACACAGGUUGGGAGAAAGCUGAUAGCGCCGAGGACAUCAUAGCAGACGAAAGCGAACUGGCUGCAAAAGAUGCCUCAAGGCGCUUUGGCGAUUUAUCAGAAAGCAUGAGCUCCCUUGGGGUUGGUGAGCCGAUCGAACGCCGACCUUCAGCCAGCUCGUCUCUGCAGACGGAUUCCGGGACUGGUGGAAAGAUUCAUUCGUUCCAAUUCCAUUCGUACGAGGAUUAUGAACGAGAGGCGGCGACAAUGGUCCCUACGUAUACGUUGCCCCUAACCAAAUUCCGAUAUCAUAUAUUCAUGGACACGCAGAACGACGACAUCGCGGAUGAGAUGACGCGUAUUGAUUGGGUCAUGUUUUCUUCGAUUCGGAUACGUGACUUGGUCCGGCACGUCAGCCUAUCUACCGAACAGAAGGAGAAGUGCAGAGCCAUGAAGAACGUGAACCGCAUGAUUGCCCAUUUCAACCACAUUGCGGUCUGGGUUUCCAAUUUGGUCCUCAUGCGAGAUAAAGCCAAGCAUCGCGCCCAGAUGCUGGAGAAAUUUAUGAACAUCGCCCUGAAGCUAAGGCAGCUAAAUAAUUACAACGGUCUGGCAGCCGUGCUUGCCGGCAUCAACGGAACAGCCAUUCACCGUCUUUCCCAGACUAGAGCACUCGUGCCAGCAGAUGUCCAAAAACGGUUUGCGAGGUUGGUACUUCUAAUGGGAACCCAGAAGAGCCACUUCGCCUAUCGACUCGCCUGGGAAAAUUCGCCAUUACCACGCAUACCUUUUAUUCCGUUACAUCGUAGAGAUCUCGUGUCAGCCGAAGAAGGUAGCAUGACGCUGGUGGGGCCUCAAGGGGAUCGAAUAAACUGGAAGAAAUUUGAGAUUUUAGGAGAAAUCCUCCUGCCUAUCAUGAAGAGCCAGGGCACUCCCUAUCCAAACUUAUCCAAGCAUGAUACGGCAAGAGAACUCAUUCUAGACUGCCUGAUGCCUACGGACGAAGAGGACAUCUAUCAGCGCAGUAUUCAGGUAGAAUCUCCUAGCGGUGGCCCUGUGGAUCCCGGGAAGAAGAAAUUCCCCUGGUUUGCGAAAUCAUAACGACCACGUUCAGUCUCACUUAUGGUCGAUAAAGGAUUAAUUUAAUGGCCAAUACUAAGAAGGCAUGCUUAUCGGAUCAACGCGGGAGUUGGUGGUAGCCGGGCGACCUUAAACCCUAACCCCUGUUUCUGAAUAUGACUGUUUCAAGGGUA